AUGGAGAGCCUUCAGCUAUCCCAGGUCUUGGCCGACCUCAGCAACCUGGGCGCCGCCGACCCUGGAGCUGCCGAAGCCAUCGUCGGCGCCAAUAACGCCCAUUCCAGUUACCCUCGAACCGACGCAACUGUGAAUGCUCUUACCUCGAGUCCCUCUACCAAUAACCAAAAACGUCCUGCCGGCCUACAGCGCCACUGGUCAUCCGAAAAGUUCGACAAGUUUGGCCGACGUAUCCUCUCUCCCAGCUCCCACACAGGGUCAGCCGGAAACUCGAUUCCCGGUACUCCUCGCCGCGGCGAAUCUGAUUUCGAAGAAGACCUGGAAAGGGCAAGCACGCUCAUGCAGCUAUACGACAUUCGGUCCAAGAUCAAGCAGCAGGACAACAGUAGUCUGCUCAAGGCCCGUGAGAAGGUUAACGCGAUAGCGGCGCGACAACAAGCUCAACAGGCAGCGGAGCGCAACAUGAAGGCGGCAGACGAGCUUCGACGUCAACGUUACUCUUUUCCUCGAGCUGGUCUCUAA